AUGGCAGCUGCUGAGACAGACGGACUGGUGAACGUGCUUAAGUUUGCGCUGCGGCGCAAGCCGGCCGCCGAGGUCGUCGACGUGGUCGAUGGCGAGGUGACGGUGGACGACGGCAUGGCAGGCAUGGGCGAUGCUGUGCUCAUCCGUGGCUGCUCGGCGAGCCGGAUCGUGGUCACUGCCCGCAAGGUUGCCAAGGUUGUCAUCAUGGAGUGCUCCGGGUGCACCGUCGAGGUGCGCUCGACUAUCAUCUCGGGUGUGUUGGAGAUCAUCUCGUGCCAGCAGAUGGCGGUGGUGGCGGCCAAGGCUGGCGUCGGCGCCCACACGGUGACCGUCGACAUGAGCGAGGAUGUCACGCUUGCGCUGCCGAGCAUGUGGGCCAAGACCGUGCCCAAGGCCAUGGUUGCGUGCGGAUCGAGCGCCCGGGUCGUCCUCGCCGUUGGGUGCAAGGAGCUCGAUGCUGGAGCAGGCGCAUCGGGCACGCUCGCCCUGCCGGAUGGUGCAGGCUACGCCGUCCCGGACUCUGUCCCAACCGAGGCUGGGACAACCCACACACAGGUGGCGACGGUCCGGAUCAAGGACCCCGAGUCUGGCGAGUGGAACCUGGUGAGCGAGGCCAUGGUCCGCGAGGGCAUCGGCCACGUGACAACGUCGACCCGGCUGGCGGCCGACACCGAGCGUCACCAGCGCAACACGGCCCGGCUCGCCGAGCUGAUGGACAGGGUCAUCCAUGCCAAGGCGCCCAAGGCGCAGGCGACCGAAGCGUAUCCCGAGCCGGCACCGAUGGUGCCUCCGCCGCAAGCUCCUCCGAUUGGCUCGCUCAACGCCGCCAUCUCCAACUUUAACGCUGACUCGCUCCGCGAGACCGAGACGAGGGUGACAACAACAGCGGCGGUGAUCGCCGCCGGUGGCGGUGGGCAGUACGGUCACAGCAAGGACGAGGACAUUGUCGAGUACCGCGACGAGCCCGAGGUACUGGCGGCCAAGGUCGCCGAGCUGGCCGAGCUGAUCAAGUCAGCGCAGCAUGUGGUAGCGUACACAGGGGCCGGCAUCUCGACGGCGGCCAAGAUUCCGGACUACCGCGGCCCUUCGGGCGUGUGGACCAUGGCCGCCAAGGGCCUCGCCGCCAAGUGUGAGAUCCGGAUGGACCAGGCAGUGCCGACAACAGCGCACAUGGCGCUGGCAAGCAUGCUCGCGGACAGUGACAACCCACUGCAGCACAUCGUGUCGACGAACCUUGACGGGCUGCAUCGGCUGUCGGGCGUGCCGCGGACCUCUAUCUCGGAGCUCCACGGCAACUGCUACCUCGAGCGCUGCCGUGCGUGCGGCGUCGAGUAUGAUCGGCCGUUUGACACAACUGCCGCAGGCUGCCGGGCGGACCAUAAGACCGGGCGGCGGUGCGAAGCCGAGGGGUGCGACGGCGAGCUGGUUGACUCGAUCGUCAACUUUGGCGAGGCGCUGCCAGAAGACCAGUACGCGACGGCGCAUGCAGCGUCGGCCGCUGGCGAUGUUGCGCUGGUCCUCGGCACCUCGAUGCGGGUGUCGCCGGCCUGCGAUCUGCCGCAGCUCAUCUUUGAUUUGCCGCUCUCCGUAUCUUCGCCACUUGCGAUGAGGUCAUGA